AUGAGUAGCCUUUACAACACAUCCUCUGUUUUACAGCUGAGAAGCUUUAAUCUUACUUCGGAAAAUGUAUUCCCAGCAUUUCUUUUUGCAACUCUCAGCUACAUGAUUAUACUCUUCUGCAACCUGACGUUAAUCCUCACCAUUGUGCUGAACAAGUCUCUGCAUCAGCCAAUGCAUCUCAUUCUGCUGAACCUCCCUAUCAAUGACCUGAUGGGUUCAUCGGCGUUCUUUCCACAGCUCUUGAAAGAAAUACUGACAAACAGCGGGAUGAUUCACUACUCAGUUUGUGUUGCUCAGGCGUUUUUCAUCCACAUCUAUGCAGCAGGUACUGUAUUCUUUCUGACUGCUAUGGCUUAUGACAGAUACAUUGCCAUAUGUUACCCUUUGCAGUACAACACUGUUAUGACUAAUGCUCAUACUAUGAAAAUAAUCACUCUCGUAUGGUCAGCUUGUCUCUGUUUAAUCGGCAUUCUUUUUAUUCUGCUUCUCCGUUUACGACACUGUCGAUCUGAAAUAACACACCCUUACUGUGACAAUGCAAAUUUGGUGGCUUUGGUGUGUGAAGACACAACCAUUAACAACAUUUACGGGCUUUUCAUAAGUGCUGUUUCACAAGUGGUGGCUAAUGGAAUGGUUUUGUACACAUACUUGCGGGUCCUGAUGGCAUGCUUCAGAUCCAAACAAUCAGACACUAAAGCCAAGGCUCUGCAGACAUGUGCUACACACCUAGUUGUUUUCCUCUUGCUUGAGUGUUUAGGUCUUUUCACCAUCAUAUCAUACAGAUUACCGAAUAUUUCACCACAUUUAAAAAGAUUCAUGGGGGUGUCCACAUUAAUAUUCCCUCCAACAUUAAAUCCAAUCAUCUAUGGCCUAAGAACAAAAGAAAUUCGGGAAAAAGUUAUUUACUUUUUCAGGGCUAAAUUGCAUUCAUGUCAAUGCAGUAUCUCUUGA